CGCCGAGGAUGUGGAGAACGAGGUGGCAGGUAGCGCGCAGUCGUCUAAUUACUUGCCGUCGGGUUUCCGUGAUAGCGCGCGCGAUCACCUGGAAGGACUGCGGUUAGAUGGGUCAUCGAUCGCGCGUCCACCAGCCGGGGACAGUUCCGCGAGCCCAUCGACGUUGUCGUGGUCGGUGCCUCGAUAAAUCCGGAUCAUCGUCCUCCACCACCAUCUUCUCCCCCAUCUUCCUGUCUUCUUUACGGUCGUCGAUCGACGUUCGUUCAUCGACGACGAAGAGUCAAAGGUCUCCAGUUGCUCCGUCGCGAGUCGUAUCCACGGUGGAUGCGGAACUGGAGCACGUACCAAGCUGGAGGAGGUAUAGGAACGCUGAUCGUUGGAGCAACGGAGGACCGUUCGCGUUCAGGUGACGACAGAGACGUCUAGGUUACUGCCAGGUGGAUCCUGAAAUCGUCCAAGAUCUGUCCUGGAUAAUUCGCGUUAUUAUUUUUAGUUUCUUACAUAUUUUCCUUUUAGUUUCUCGUAGUCCGGUUUGGCCCGAGUGUUCUGUAUUAUAUACACGUAGGGAGAAACUGUUGGGUGUUGUGUUGGAGAAUCGACAAGCUUCUAUCGGUCUGGCCGGUCCCAGCUGUGGAAGGUCAGAGGACUGCGAGAUCGGAAGUUCGGACGAACGUUUCCGGCCACUGUCACGCUAUAGAACGUGCGAACUAUCUCGCCCGAGGAUUUACACGGACGUGUACGGGACAAUUGGUCGAGCGUGUUGCUACAGCGUGUUUGGAAAGGCGUAUAGCAGGUCGCGGCGGUUGUGCUCGUUUGGACCGGUUCCAGGCGGACGUGAAACCGUCGACAGGUGAUUCGGGCGAUACCACAAUGGUGAACUACCCUCGAGUCAUGACAUUCAGUUAGUGAACGUACAGCUUGUUGUCGCGCGUGUGCAUCUGUGCAGCUGUAAGAAAGUAUUAAGAGAGAAUAGAAGAGAAGAGGAAAGAUCGAGAGAAGAAGGCUGGACAUGCGGCGAGGAAGACAGCACGUAAUCGUCGUAGCUAGAGGCUGGACGAGGUCCUGAUAGCCGCAGCGACCAGGAUCCGGGAUCAUCCAAGGAAGAAAGGAUGCCAGGGGGGCGCAGGGGCCUGGUCGCCCCGCAAAACACAUUCCUCGAGAACAUCAUUAGACGGAGCAGCAGUCAACCUGACAGCAGUUUUCUCCUGGCGAACGCUCAGAUCGUCGACUUCCCUAUUGUCUAUUGCAACGAAAGCUUUUGCAAAAUCUCUGGCUAUAAUCGUGCCGAGGUUAUGCAAAAGUCCUGCCGCUGCGGAUUCAUGUACGGGGAGUUGACGGACAAAGAUACGAUCGCCAGGAUCGAGGAAUGCCUCGAGGGCCAGAUUCACGAUCAAUUCGAGAUCCUGCUGUACAAGAAGAACAGUGCCCCACGAGGUAUGUCUAGCUCAGGUUCGCAAAAGAGUGCUCGAAAAACCCACCACCUGAACAAGAGACGACACACGUACAAGGAUCGUCGAACGAUCCCGGGACCAAGGGGCGGCCAUAUUGAGAGGACGCUAUUCGACCUCCCACCUACUCUUGAUUUCAAAACACCACUAUGGCUGCUUCUACAAAUAGCGCCAAUAAAAAACGAACGGGACCUGGUGGUCCUGUUCCUGUUGACCUUCCGGGACAUCACUGCCCUGAAGCAGCCAAUCGAGGCGGACGACAGCAAGGGUGGCCUCUCCAAGUUCGCCAAACUCGCCAGAUCGGUCACCAGGUCGAGAUCUGUUCUUGUAUCACAAUUCAGCUCCCAUCUGCCCGCCCUCAAGGAUACCGCGUUGCCAACCACCGCGAAGCAAUCACAUUUAGCUCAUAUGAUGUCCUUAAGCGGCGACGUGAUGCCGCAGUACAGACAAGAGGCACCAAAGACCCCGCCGCACAUUUUGUUACAUUACUGCGCGUUCAAGGCGAUCUGGGACUGGAUCAUUUUAUGUUUGACCUUUUACACGGCCAUCAUGGUGCCCUACAACGUCGCGUUCAAAAACAAGACCAGCGAGGACGUGUCCCUGCUGGUCGUCGACAGCAUCGUCGACGUCAUAUUCUUCAUCGACAUUGUCCUCAAUUUUCACACCACGUUCGUUGGACCUGGUGGCGAGGUGGUGUCUGACCCCAAGGUGAUCAGAAUGAACUACCUAAAGUCGUGGUUCAUCAUCGAUCUUCUGAGCUGCCUGCCGUACGACGUGUUCAACGCGUUCGACCACGACGAGGACGGCAUAGGGAGCCUGUUUUCGGCUCUCAAGGUGGUCAGAUUGCUUCGUCUUGGUCGAGUGGUUCGGAAACUAGACCGGUAUCUGGAGUAUGGAGCCGCGAUGCUCAUUCUACUGCUCUGUUUCUACAUGUUGGUUGCUCACUGGCUGGCCUGUGUCUGGUACGUCACUUUAAGGUACUCGAUAGGAAGGUCGGACGCGGACAACGGAGUCCAGUAUUCCUGGCUGUGGAAGCUGGCGAACGUCACCCAGUCACCGUACAGCUAUCUGUGGACCAAUACCAGCACCGCACCGGAACUAAUCGCAGGACCGUCCAGGAGAACCAUGUAUGUCACUGCAUUGUACUUCACAAUGACCUGCAUGACCUCCGUGGGCUUUGGCAACGUCGCCGCCGAGACCGACAACGAGAAGAUUUUUACCAUCUGCAUGAUGAUCAUUGCCGCUCUGUUGUACGCCACGAUCUUCGGUCACGUGACUACGAUCAUCCAACAGAUGACAUCGGCCACGGCCAAAUAUCACGACAUGCUGAACAACGUGAGGGAGUUCAUGAAGCUGCACGAGGUGCCGAAGGCGCUUAGCGAACGCGUGAUGGAUUACGUGGUGAGCACCUGGGCGAUGACCAAGGGCCUAGACACCGACAAGGUACUUAACUAUUGCCCCAAGGAUAUGAAGGCGGAUAUCUGCGUUCAUCUGAACAGGAAGGUCUUCAACGAACACCCUGCAUUUAGAUUGGCCUCCGAUGGCUGCCUCCGCGCUCUGGCGAUGCAUUUCACGAUGUCUCACAGCGCGCCAGGCGAUCUAUUGUAUCACACAGGCGAGUCUAUCGAUUCGUUGUGCUUCAUCGUGACCGGAAGUCUCGAGGUGAUACAGGAUGACGAGGUCGUGGCGAUCCUCGGCAAGGGUGACGUGUUCGGCGACAGCUUCUGGACAAACCCGUCCGUAGGACAAAGCGCUGCCAAUGUUCGAGCUCUUACUUACUGUGAUCUCCACACGAUCAAGAGGGAUCGGUUGCUGGAGGUGUUGGAUUUUUAUCAGGCUUUCGCCAAUUCUUUUGCCAGGAACCUCGUUCUGACUUACAACCUUAGCCAUCGGCUGAUCUUCCGGAAGGUAGCGGAUGUCCGUCGAGAAAAGGAGCUGGCUGAAAGAAGGAAAAACGAGCCGCAGUUAGAUCAAGCUCAGGAUCACCUGGUGCGCAAAAUUUUCUCGAGGUUCCGCAGGGAGAGACACAAUGCUGACGUGGAGAAAGGAGACGGAAAAGACGGGAAGGAUGGGAAGGAGGGUGAAUCCUCGCACGCCAGGAAACUCUCCACAGCGGACGAGAACAUUGCUGUUAAAGGACGGGCCGGGAAGUGGGGACGACUCUUAGGAAGCUCCAGCCUAGACUCCGGAAGCGAGACGGGAACCGGGGUAGAUACGUUCAAACGAUCCUUAAGCGCCAGGGACACCCGUCCCAGUUCUAGUGCCGGUAGCAACAAGGUGUUCCCAAAAUUCGGUAAGCUGACCGGUACCAUCGAAGAAUCAGGUGAUGCUGAAAACGUGAAAGAGACGCAGCAACAGCAGCAGAAUGCGGCAGAUUCGAAGCAGCUCCAGCUUCGCCGACUGGAGAGCUAUGACGAUGGACUAAUUACUACUCAGCCGAGCCACGAUCGUGAAAUCCUAGCUGCCGUGCUCGAGGUGAAGGUUGAUCUGAAACUGGAAGUGCAACGAGUCAAUCAAAGAUUAGCAAAGAUCGAGGACAUGCUGCAGACGCUAAUGACAAGGCUUCCUGCGGCCACUCCACCGCAGCAGAAGGGCUCGAACAAUUUUUCAACUGGUGGUAGCGGCGGUUCCUCGCAGAUUCAGCCAACCAGUCAACCACAAAGUGCUUCUAGCUGUCAACAGGGUUCCCAGGCUACGCAAACACCUGGGGGAAGCACAGAGCAGAAAAUUUCUAUAGCCACUGCAUCCACGUCGACGACCGAAGGUUACAGGGAGCAGGGUACAACCACAGAGAGAAGCUCCAAAUCCCAAGAGCAUCAUCAUCAUCACCAUCACCAUCAUCAAUCGCAACAGUCUGACAGAUUGAAGGACAGUAGUAGUGAUUAUAAGACUUCCUCGAGGGAAAUGAGUAAAGAGUUGUUAGAAAGACUGGCCCAAGCGUCCACUUCCAGAGGGGACGAUGGUACAUCCCUUGGACCGUUGAUUUUGAGGAAGAGAAGAAGCAAAUCAAGGAACAAGGGAGCUGCACCGCUGGCACCGUUAGCUAGUCAGCCUAUUAGUCCAUCGGAGGCGACAGAGACCACGCAGAUGCUCGAGUGCACGGAUGACAGGGAACAGAACACCACCGCGACGGACAGAAGCGACAGGUCCGACAGAAAACGGCCUCCGCCCAGACCUAGGGAAUACUUGUGAAAGUUCUUAAGGCUCCGGACGAUCGUCUCGAGGCUGAUAUUCUGGCGAGAAUCGCUGGAACGAACUGCCGUUCUCUGGAAUGAUUUCGUUAAGGUUAGGGUUAAGUAUGGUGCAAUUAGAUGUGACUUAAGAAAGUUUUAUGUGGUUGGUUAGGAUCGUCGGAGCUGGUCCUAUUCUAAUCGAUGGAAAAAGGAAAAUAGCUAUUUGGAGGUUAUCAUAAUCGGAAAGAAAUGGAAGUUGUGACAAGGUUAAGAUUUCUAGUUUCUUUAAAGAAGAGAAGGACGGCUGUUUCAGCGAACUCUUUUCAACGAAAUGAGACGAGUGUACCGGUAGAGUAAGCUACCUGUAAAAUUUCACCGCGUACGUUUUAAGGACAUGCUGCAUUUUCGCUACUCGCUUCGCGUCUGGUCUUUAGCGAGCAUUCGUCGGUACGCGUGAAGAACGAAUCCGACACGGGGAAAAAAAUAUUGAUUUUUGAGGUUAUGGUUCGGGGAUUGUCGUUCGAAUUUAAUACGAAAGGAAAAAAAAACAAAGAAAUUCUAUAAAAGAGGUUAAAAAAACACAAGAGAGCAAAAAUAAAAGAGGGAUGUGCCGACGAAACGAUCCCGCUACUAUAAUGCAACUUGGCAUAUUUUUGCAUGGCCAAACACGCGAUUAAAAAGCAAAAAAGUAAACCAAAGAAAAAAUAUAUAAAAAAGUAUAUCGAAUUAUAUACUGCUUGCGACGGCUUCUUCGAGACAUCGAACGUUUAAACGAGAGGAGGAUGGAAACUAACAAAAUUCAGAAUACUCACGUUCUAAUACGUAAGGUAACACACACUGUAAUCGUAGGUUUACACGCAUCUUUAGGGGAUAUCAGCUAGACUCGUGGUUGCGCGCGAUAGAUUUUAAGUAACUAAAACAACCAACAACAACAAAAGAAAAGAAAAGGAAAGAAACGAUAAGCAAGAGAAUGAGAAUAAACUAUAUGAAACGAAACGAAUAAAAAAGAAUAAAGUGAAGAGAAGACGAAGAACAAUAUAUACAUACAUAUAUGUAUAUGUACUCUUGAAGCAAUUAGAGAAUCGUUGUUCACGUUCUUCGUUCAUUUUUAAUCAUUCCUUAAUUAAUUCUAUAUAAAUUGAAUGAAAAAAUUGUUAAUAAACGGUCCAACUAUAAAACGAACAAUGCUACACGAUUCUUUAAUUGCUUGGAACGGUUCAGGCUCGACGACUAAUUAUUAUAAGAGCGUUGAAAAUUUUGAGAAAGUAAGAGUUAGUAUAGAUAGAAUAUCAUGAUGUUCUCUGCAUUUGAGUUUUCGGACAGUCGAGCUCUGUGAUUAGAGGCGAAAGACGUCGAGACGCGUUGCCAAGUCGUUUAUCGUUGCAUCGCUAUCGCUGCACCAUGGUGCCGUGUUCUUCUUUUUUUACCGUUUCCCCUUCUUUGUUUCUCCCCUCUAUUUCAGUCGAUAGGUUCGAAAAAGCGAGAUUCGCGAACGUUGAUCGAUGGCUUUUCGAUAGUUUCGUCUCAAUGAACCGUGUGUGUAUGCUUUAUGUACGUAUGUAUGCGUGUACAUGAUUAAAAAUCGAUUACAAGUGCGUGAAUUUGUGUGAAAAUUAAUCGUGACGAUAUUGGGAGGACAUUCAUUGAAUAUUUUAAACCUCGGAGCUAAAUUUGUUUCACCAGGUUUGAGGUUAGGUCGUUUGUUUUUAACUUUAAGUUUAGUCACUUAGAUUUUGCUUAUUGUGGUACGUUCACUAUAUUUUUUUCAGUUUAGUAUUAUCUCAUCUUGUUUCUUUAUCUUUCUAAAAAAAAAACAUAGAGAUCCUACAAUAGAUUUAGAUGAAAAUGAUUUGAAAAUUAAUACCAGAGAUGCUCUCAUGGUCACCCUUGCAUUUUUCUAAGCUUCCCAUCAGAAAGUAUUCUCACUACCUUCUUCAGGAGAUCUUGUCCGUAAAGCGAUUCGUGAUCCAUCAACCUCUUAAACGUCUCAAGACAGAUAAUAAGAAUUGAGAUUAUGAAGCUAUUCAACGAGAAAGAAUUCAAGGUACACCAAGAAACCAGUUCUCGUAGGUGCCUAGAAGCUACCGACAAAGGUUAUUCUUAUCUUUUUAAACGUGUUAAACGACAUACUUCUCCUCGUUCCUCCAGUUUUUCUAUUCGAUUCUUAGAAAAAGAAAGAAAUAUAAAAUAAAAUUCAAUGAAGACGUUUAAUUCGAUAAUGGUUCCCGAAACCCACCAUGACGCGACGAUAAUGAAUAAUUAUAAAUUGUUAAAAGUCAAUUCGACCACGCCUCGAAUGGCUGCAUUUCCAGUGCAGCGGUCGCGCGAGAUUUAAAUAUUAGCAAAGCAAAAUAUAAAAAAGAACGAAUAAAGUAUAGGAAAGGAAAAGAGCAUGAAAGAAAAAAAAAGAUAAAUAAGUAAAUAAAACUCUCCAUUUUGAUCGAACUUGAAGUGCUGCAACUUACGGUCGCGAUAUUUCAAUAAUGACAAAUGUCAAACGCCAUUACGGAAACUGAAAGAUUCCGUGUACUUUGUUACAUUGCAGAACAUGACCUAAUCCCGCGUUCACAUGGCAUUCACAGAAGCCAAACAGCAAUAUUAGGUGUAUAUAUAUCUUGUAACUACGACACGUGUAUAUAUAUUCAUACAUACAUAUACAUAUAUAUAAUAUACAUAGAAAAAAGAAGAAACUGAUAAAGUUACGCGUGGUUCGUGUCAACGCGUUUGCAACAAGAAAAGGUUAAAAAAAAAGCAGCAAGAAAAUAUGAUAUCGCGAUUAUUCUUUCCUUUUCCUCUAAUUCUUUCUCGGUUUCCGGCGCAGCUUUCUGUUUCGAGAAAAACUUCGAUUCGACAACGAGAAUAUUCAUAUAUAUCGCCCACGUAUGCAUACAUCCGUAUAUAUAUACACACACACACAGAAAUAGAGACACACAUAUGCAUAUGUAUGUUGUAUUUCUGUUGCUGCCGCCUCGAGAAAGAACUUUGAAUAACACAAUUCUGAAGGACAAUCAAAGAUGGAAAGUACUGAUCUCACGAAUAGAGAAUUGCGAUUAAUCGAAUAAGCCUCUGAUAGAUAUAUACAUAUAUAUAUAUUUCGUUAGCUUAAGCCGACAUAUAUAGAUGAAACGAUGCGAACGAAGGAGCUUUUGAGGUUACAUAUACAUGUAUAUCAUUUUUCCACGCCGCGAUUCCCCUCAUGUAUCUAUAUUGCAUAUGGCGGAACAUAUGGUUGCAUAUGGUUUACCUUUCUUUAUUUAUGGUCACUAUAGUAGUAUGUGUAUAGAAGGUUAAAUCGUUAAAAUGUUAAAUUCUGUGAACUAACGAACCAAGCAUUGCUUUUUGGCGUUAUUAAUUAACGAAUAUCGAUCAUUCGCGUAAUAUUAUCGGGAUUUGAACGCAAUUCAGAUUAAAGGGGAACCACGGAUCGUCGAGACCCGAACAUACCACUGAACGUUGAUCCACGACGAUUCAAAAUGAAUAAAUGAAAAACAAAACGAAGGGAACACGGGCAAACGCGCUGACAGGGAUAUCUACGCGUGUAAAUACUAUAAAUAUUAAA